UAGAACGUAAUGUCGGAAGCCACGCCCAUCACGCACACACUCUUCCUGUUAUGAGAGCGAUCACGCUGGAAGCCGCUCUCCGGGUCGCUGAAUUGGAAAAGUAAGAGCAUCUGUCUGCUACGCGGAGAAGGGGAAUGUCUGCUCAGGCAAACCGGGUCAUGGCGUUGUCGGAGUGGGAGGACCGGUGGAAGGAAGGAAAAAUUGGUUUUCAUAGAGCUCAAGUGCACAAGUUGCUGGAAAACAACUUGGAUAAAGUUGAAUGUGGACGAAAGGAGAUUAGAUUCUUCUUCCCACUGUGUGGAAAAGCUGUGGACAUGAAAUGGCUGGCUGAUAUGGGUCACUCCAUUGUUGGAGUUGAAAUAUCCGAAAAAGGAAUUAAACAAUUCUUUGAAGAACAAGAUCUUGCUUAUAAUGAAGAAGCAGUUCCAGCUAUUCCCGGAGCAAAGCUGUUCAAGAGCGCAGACGGAAAGAUCUCCAUCUAUCAGUGUGAUUUAUUCAAGUUCUCGAGUGCCGUUGCAGGAAAGUUUGGAGGGAUUUGGGAUCGAGGAGCACUGGUGGCCAUAAACCCACGUGACAGGGAAAAGUACGCCUCUCUCCUCGUUUCUUUAAUGAACGAUGACUGCAGAUAUCUGGUGAACACGGUGGAAUACGAUCCUGAGCUGUACAAAGGCCCGCCGUUUUUUGUGUCAGAAGAAGAUUUAAAGAACAUAUUUGGAGGAGGCUGCGUUAUCGAACUAGUUCAGGCUAUGGACGGCUUCGAGGAAAAGCACAGAUCAUGGGGACUGGAUUCACUGACGGAGAAACUCUACCUUCUCUCUCCAAAAGCCCAGUGAUCAAUCCUGAAAUCAGCUGGA